AUGGCGGUAUACAUUGAUCAUCGAAUAGAAGCGCUUGAGUCCUGUGGACCCCACACCCACAUCAGAUGGCACCGUCUUCAGCCACUUUUGGCGGUUGCAUCCAUUAAUGCAAACUCUGGCGGUAGUGUGGAUAUUUUUCAAGAACAGGGAGAGUAUGUGGGUGACGCACACUUGGAAAGAAACUUCCGGGUCACGUAUCUCAGUUGGCACCCCUCCAAACUGAUUGUGGCCGUGGGUUGCGAGAUGGGAGAUGUGGUAGUAGUGAACAAACAAGACAAGGAGCAUCAUGCUGUGCCCUCCAACCAUAAUGCUGAUAUUUCAAUCCUGAACUGGAGUACCAAUGGAACACGUCUUGUUUCUGGAGAUAAACUGGGGGUUCUUGUCUUGUGGCGGAUGGAUCAGCGGGGGAGAGUCCAAGGUCCCCCUUUGUUAAAACACGAGUAUGGAAAACAUCUUAAUUUCUGCAUUUUUCGCCCACCUCCUCCCGGAGAAGAUUUGGUCCAGCUCGCCAAAGCUGCAGUGAGCGGUGAUGAGAAGGCCCUGGAUAUGUUUAACUGGAGAAAAUCUGGAAUGGGGCUGCCUCUCAAAAUGGGACCCCAGGAAGGCCUGUCCUUCUUUGUUAGCGUGAUCGACGGAACUGUGCAUUAUGUGAGUGAAAGAGGAAAGACCAGCCAAGCAUUGAUUAUAGAAACCUCAGUCCAAAAAAUGUUGUUCAUGGAAAGAGACGUCUUGGUAGUAAUAACGGAGGCUCUCCUCUUAUCCCUUCACAAAAUUUCUCCUGAAGGAGAAGCAGAAGAACUUCUGAAGGUCAAGUUGAGUGGAAAGAUGAGUCAUCCUGCUGAUAUCAUUUUGAUUGAUCAUAGCCUCCUUAUCACUGCGACAGGCGAACCCCUUCUUAGGUUCUGGGAUUUGGAACGGGGUGAGAAUUACGUCCUUUCUCUGGAUGAGCAGCUAGGCUUUGAAAUCGGAGAAUGUGUCCAUUGUGUGUCAUAUUGCAAUGCCAAAGGUCUUCUAGCGGCUGGCACCGACAAAGGGCGAAUAGCUAUGUGGAGGAAAGUGCCAUUCUCCAGCCAGACCACCUGGUCCCUUGAAGGCAAGGACAGAUGGAAACUUCAGACACCCACUGAGCUUGAGGGGAGCAUCAUUCAAAUCGAGUGGAGCUCAAAAAAGAAUCUGCUGGCAGUGAACCUGACCAAUUCAGUAGCCAUCCUAAGGGAGCAAGCCAUGGCUUCCCACUUCCACCAGCAAAUGGCAGUGGUCCAGGUUUCCCCCAACUUGUUCAACAUCACCAGCUUCAGCAGCAAAAUGAUGGAUAACCUCCGUAUCGAUAUGCACGUGAACGGGGUGUGGGCAACCAAGGACGCUGUAGCAUUCUGGAAUGGAAAGCAAGUUUCUAUCUUUGAACUCUCGGCUGCCACUUUGCGGAAUUCAGGUUUUUUCCUCUGUGAAUCCCCUGUGCUGGCGAUGCACGAAGAGAACCUUUACACCGUUGAGCCGAAUCGGGUUCAAGUUCGCACCUGGCAAGGCACCGUUAAGCAGCUGCUGUCCUUCUCCGAAUCUGAAGGCAGUCCCUGCUUUCUGGACGUCUGCGGGAAUUACUUGACGGUGGGGACCGACAUGUCUCACUUUAAGAUCUUCGAUCUUUCUCGCAGAGAGGCAAAGGUGCACUGCAAUAUGCUAUGUAACCGAAUCCCUGCCAGUCACUUCUGGGAUCAGAACGAACCAAGGCUGUUUGUGUGUGAAGCAGUUCUUGACCCUAAUCAGCAAUCAUUGGAUAAGAAGCAAGAAUCGUCAGAAAAUGCCAUGGAUGUGCUGAUUGUAUCUUUCUUCAGCACCGAAGAGCAUGGCCUUCUGCUCCAAGACAGUUUUCCGUUGCCAUCAACGUACCAGUCUCUUCUGGGCAUGGAGGUGCCACACUAUUACUUUGCCAAAAAGCCGGAAGCUGAAAAAAAGGAUGAGGCAGAACCUGGCAGGGUCCCGCUGCAUCAGAUGGUCGCUAGAAGACCGAUGAGAGAUUUCAUUGGGCUGGAAGAGUGUGACAAGAUGACUUGCGAAGCUAUGCUUAACUUCAGUUUCUACCUAACCAUUGGAGACAUGGAUGAGGCCUUCAAGUCUAUCAAACUCAUCAAAAGUGAAGCCGUCUGGGAGAACAUGGCCCGCAUGUGUGUGAAGACCCAAAGGCUGGACGUUGCCAAAGUCUGCCUGGGGAACAUGAGCCAUGCGCAAGGAGCCAAGGCGUUGCGGGAGGCUGAACAAGAACCGGAGCAGGAAGCCAGGGUGGCCAUGUUAGCCGUCCAGUUGGGCAUGCUGGAGGACGCCGAGCAGUUAUACAAGCAGUGCAAAUGCCACGAUCUUCUGAACAAGUUCUACCAGGCUUCAGACCAAUGGCAGAAAGCCAUCGAGGUAGCCGAGGCUCAGGACCGCGUGCACCUGCGCACGACCUACUACAAUUAUGCCAAGCACCUGGAAGCCAUAGCCGAGCGCAACUUUGCCAUCACCUACUACGAGAAGUCCGACACUCAUAAGUUUGAAGUGCCUCGUAUGCUGUCCGAGGAUCUGCAAGCCUUGGAGGCUUACGUCAACAGGAUGAAAGAUAAGGGUUUGUGGAAAUGGUGGGCUCAGUAUCUAGAAGGCCAGGCAGACCUAGAAGCGGCUUUCAAAUAUUAUGAGUUGGCUCAAGAUUAUUUUUCCAUGGUCCGUAUCCAUUGCUUCCUGGGUAACAUCCAGAAGGCCGCUGAAAUAGCCAACGCGACCGGCAACUGGGCAGCUUCGUAUCACGUGGCCCGUCAGUAUGAGAGCCACGAGGACAUCAAACAGGCAGUGCACUUCUACACCCGGGCUCAAGCAUUUAACAACGCGAUUCGUUUGUGUAAGGAAAACCAGCUGGAUGACCUGUUGAUGAACCUGGCUCUUCUUAGUUCCCCAGAAGACAUGAUAGAAGCUGCCCGCUACUAUGAAGGACGAGAACAAAUGGACCAAGCGGUGACGCUCUACCAUAAGGCCGGACACUUGUCCAAGGCUCUGGAGCUGGCCUUUGCCACCCAGCAGUUUGCAGCCUUGCAGCUGGUGGCAGAAGACCUGGAUGAGAAGUCCGACCCGGCCCUGCUGGCUCGCUGCUCCGACUUCUUCAUCGAGCAUGCUCAGUACGAGAAGGCCGUCAAGCUUUUGCUAGCGGCCAAAAAGUACCAGGACGCCCUGCAGCUUUGCCUGACGCAGAACUUGACCAUCACUGAAGAGAUGGCGGAGAAGAUGACCAUCUCCAAGGACUCCAAACACCUUUCCGAGGAUUCCCGGCGGGAGCUCCUGGAGCAGAUCGCUGACUGCUGUAUGAGGCAGGGCAAUUACCACAUGGCCACCAAGAAAUACACCCAAGCAGGAAACAAGCUGAAGGCCAUGAGGGCUCUGCUGAAAUCUGGCGACACGGAAAAGAUUGUGUUCUUUGCUGGCGUCUCGAGACAAAGGGAGAUUUAUAUCAUGGCGGCCAAUUACCUGCAAACCCUGGACUGUCGCAAAGAUCCAGAGAUCAUGAAGAACAUCAUCAGCUUCUACACCAAAGGAAGGGCUCUGGACCUCUUGGCUGGCUUUUAUGACUCCUGUGCGCAGGUGGAGGUGGAAGAGUUCCAGAACUACGAGAAGGCCUUGGGAGCCCUGACCGAGGCCUACAAGUGCAUGUCCAAGGCAAAGACGCGGAGCCCAGCGGAGCAAGAGAACAAGCUGGCACACCUACAGACCAAGAUGGCCCUGGUGAAGAGGUUUAUUCAAGCCCGAAGGUGA